AUCAAACAUAACCUCUUGUAUUUUAUGCUACAGACGGUAUAGUGUAUAUAAUAUAGUGACGGAUAGGAUACUCUCUGCAAAUUACAAAGGUGGCUUUCUGUUGUUAUGUUAGGCUAUUGAUUGAUGGACUGAUUAUGCAUGAAAAUCUUUUAGGAAUCAUACGGAAUGUCUCUUUUUUGGGAUAGCCCCAUCUAUUUUUUUCUUUUGAGUGGCAAAGAAAAAAAAGAUAAAAGUACUCCUUUUUUCUGGUUUUCGUUUUUUCUCUUUCUUUCUUCAAUGCGGCUGUCGAUUAGGAAUUUCUAGCUAUGAAUGUAGCUAUGAAAACCGAUGACCACAGAACAGUGACGACAGCCGGUACUUUGCCCCAAAGUGGCGCCAUCAGACAUGGGUCAUGGACGGGACGCCAUUGCUGUGAAGCGCGGCCUACUCUAGCCCACUACCAAAGUAUUGAAGGGCAGAUAAUCUCCAAGGUUGAUGACCUUAAUUACUCCAGAACAGAGCAAAGCUCUGGUUGGUUGGUAGUGAAGCAGAAAACUAUAUCUAAUGAUGACAUUCGUGGCAACAAAAAGGAGUUCGAUCAGAUACGAAAUCUCAGUGGUGUUUCCAUGAAGUAA